GGAAACAAUAAUAAUUAUUGUGUAACAUCUUAUCAACAAGGUCGCAUAUAUUAAUCUACAUUCCGAAUGUCGAGUUUACUUCGCGUUGUUUACAGGUCAAAUGUAAGCCUAUCAACUGAUCACAUUUCAAGUGCCGUCAUUUUAGCCAAAAGACACAUGAAUUUAGUAAAUCUCACUCGGAGGUAUAGUCAAAGUGUGUGCGGAAACUUGACAAAGAUGCGCAUAGUACAGUUCAAAACCGAGAAUGAUCCAACGGUGAGAGUCGGUGUCAUAAAGGGAGAUACCGUAAUAGACAUCAACGCGGGAGAUAAAUCGUUGCCUAAUACGCUUGUGGGGAUAUUGCAGCAGGAAGGUGCUCUGGAAACUAUUAAGAAACUGGCAGCUAAGUCCGUCAAGCACCAUUUAGUUGAUGAGGUCAAACUGGUAUCGCCUAUAACGAAUCCUGACAAAGUAUUGGGGGUGGCCCUGAAUUUCAAGGACUUUGCAGACAAAGUAGGUGCACCUUAUCCCAAGGAGCCGAUUGUAUUCAGCAAAUUUCCAUCAGUGAUCGUAGGACCAUAUGACAAUGUGCCCAAGGGGACAGCCAGCAAUGCAAUUGACUGGGAAGGCGAACUGGUGGCCGUGAUAGGUAGAAAAGCGAAAAACGUAAAAGCGUCAGAGGCUCUGGAUUACGUUUUUGGUUACACAGCAACACAGGACUUGACGGCGAAAGACUGGAUAAGCAGAAGUGGCGGUCAGCUAAUCAUGUGCAAGAACAUGGACGGAUUCAGUCCCAUAGGACCGUGCGUAGUGACGAAGGAAGAACUCGGGGAUCCUCAUAAAAUUAGAAUCAGGACGUGGGUGAAUGGUGUACUCAAACAGAAUGGGAACACAGAGAAUAUGAUUUGCAGAAUUGAUAAGAUCGUUGAAUAUUUGAGUAGCGCGAUGACUUUACUGCCAGGAGAUGUAAUCUGCACAGGAACACCCUAUGGAGUUGGAUCAAACCAGAAUCCUCCGCAGUAUUUACAAGAAGGAGAUUUACUAGAAACAGAAGUGGAAAAUGUUGGAAAGCUUUCAAAUCGAAUUAUAAACGUGCCAAAAAAAUAAAGAUGUUAUCAAUAAAACUUUCUACGUAUACGAAGUGUCCUUGAAUACCAA